CUCUUAUCUGUGGACUUUGUGAAGUUUGUCAAUUCAAUAAAAAUUGGCUUCUCACUUAUUGGUUAUAAUUGAAACAAUGUCGGAAAACAGCGACAAAUCAAAUUUAGAUAAAUCCAAAAAUGGGUUUGAUGAGAAAAUUGCUAGUCCCCCUCAAAGCAAAAGUUCCAAGAAGAGAAACCGAUCAAAGAAGCAACAAGAGAAUCGGAAGGUAGAAAAUAUAGUAGUGGAGAAUGGAACGCAAGAAGAUAACAAAAUAAGUAAGAAGGACCUCAACAAGGCCAAGAAAGAAGUGAAGGCUGACGAUUUGAGAAAUUUGGCUGGUGCCGACAAUACGAUUUCCAUCAAAGACUUGAGAGCGGCUAUGGAAGCCCUUACCAUGGCCCAAAAACCUGCCAAAACUACUGAAGAAGCCUUGAACAAACAGUUUCAGUUUUGGAAAACGCAACCUGUACCACAAUUAGACGAAGAAGUAACGGUCAGCGAGGCGAUAGAACCUGAUAAGGAUCACUCAGAUAUAAGAAAAGAACCCUAUAGUUUACCCGAGGGUUUCCAAUGGGACACUUUGAAUCUCCAAGAUCCUUUAGUUUUAAAGGAGCUGUAUAAUUUAUUGAACGAGAAUUACGUCGAGGAUGACGAUGCCAUGUUCAGAUUCGAUUACCAGCCCGAAUUCUUGCAGUGGGCCCUGCAACCGCCGGGUUGGAAGAAAGAAUGGCUGUGCGGCGUUCGAGUUGUUAAAAGUGGCAGAUUAGUCGGAUUCAUUUCGGCAGUGCCAGCUACGCUGCAUAUUAAAGAUAUUGCUAAACCGAUGGUGGAAAUUAAUUUCCUGUGUGUGCAUAAGAAAUUGCGAUCUAAGAGGGUGGCCCCGGUGCUAAUUCGCGAGAUUACGAGGAGGGUCCAUCUGGAGGGGCUAUUUCAAGCUGUGUACACAGCGGGUAUAAUUCUGCCAAAACCUGUGACUUCGUGUCGUUACUGGCAUCGUUCCCUCAAUCCGAAGAAGUUGAUCGAUGUUAAAUUUUCCCAUUUAUCUCGUAAUAUGACCCUGCAAAGGACGCUUAAGCUGUACAAACUACCUGAUUCUCCCAGGACUCCGGGAUUCCGUAAGAUGACGAAGAAGGAUUUGGUGCCGGCUCAUAAGUUACUCAGCGAGUAUCUGCGAAAAUUCAGCUUGGCACCGGAGUUUUCCCUGGAAGAAUUCACCCAUUUCUUCCUACCCCGACCCAACAUCGUGGAUAGUUUCGUGGUGGAACGUGAGGGUAAGAUCACUGAUUUCGUGAGUUACUACACCUUACCCUCGACCAUCAUGCACCACGCCAUCCACAAGUUCUUGAAGGCCGCAUAUUCCUUCUACAACGUGUCCACUGCGACCCCCUGGGUGGACCUGAUGAACGACGCCCUGAUCUCGGCCAAAUCCCUCGGUUUCGACGUGUUCAACGCCCUCGACCUGAUGGACAACAAGGAGUUCCUGGAGCCCCUCAAGUUCGGCAUCGGGGACGGUAACCUGCAAUAUUACCUGUACAACUGGAAGUGUCCGAACUUGAAGCCGCAAGAAUUGGGCCUGGUCCUGCACUGAGAGUUCGAAAAUCCCAGGUGAUUAUGUCGGAGUUUUCUUUCGGUGGGAGACGAAUUCGAUCGUUUUAAAAAAAAAAGUAUAAUUUCGAGUUUUCAUAUAGUAAAAAGAAUUUUGUGUGCGAUUGAGGAGGUCAAGUGACGAGUUAGUGUGUGGAAUGUGAGUUCUGGAGGACGGAUGAUUGGGCACCGUGUCACUUUUGUUACACCCGUUUAUAACGUCUGGUUUGAUUCAUGUAAUAAAAUGGAAAUUGGAUAAAAUGUA